GAUGCAUUUUUUUCUAUGAGUUUACAGUGACACCAAAGACUGCGUAAGAGAUGAGAUUUGAGACACACACCAUCUUUUUUUCACCCUGCUUGUCAAUCCGACUACUUUUUAACACUGGAAAUCAGGAAGCGCUUCAAGAUUCCAUUUACAGUACUGCUUUACGCGCUGCUUUAAACCUCUUCGGACGGAAUUAAUGGUAUUGCUGACUGAAUUAAACACACUUUAAACACCUCAACAAAGAUUUCGGUUGUGAACAGGAUUUAUGCUAGUUCUAAAUAUCAAACGGAUGCUAUUGGCAGCAUGCAAUGAUAUCUGAACAAAAGUGAAAAUGGCUGAUCUGAAAGUCCUCUUCUGUGGUCAAGACAGUGUCCAGACUGAUCACCUUGACUGGUCUCUAAAGCACCAGCAAAGUCAUCACUCAGUGUGUGUAGAUGAAAGGACUGUUUCCAAUGAAGAGUGCUGCCAGGCGUAUCUGGAGGAGAAUGUUAAUGAGGCGAACAGGCUUUCAGAACCAUGGACAGCGACUCUGCCAGUUGGACGACUCUGCAAACUCAAUGAAUGGGGAUUUGAUGAAGAAGUCGAGGUAUGUUACGACGAGCAGUUUGAAACUGCUUUUCCUGGUGUGGCUGACAUUACCAACCAUAAAGACUGCCAGUUGUUAGCUGAGGAGACCAACUAUGACAAACUCAGUUGGAAUUCAUCCAAAGAUCUCCAAGAGGUUGCCCCAGAAUGCUCUCUGCUGUCGGUUGACGAUUUCAUGGUGGAUUCAACGGAAAAGUCAGUGGAUUAUGGAUUUAUAGGAGCUGUAACCUUUUUAGUUACUGGGAUUUCCUUGGUUGUCAUUUCCUAUACAGUCCCACGGGAUGUCAAAGUCAAUCCCGACACCGUUUCUGCUCGGGAGAUGGAACGUUUGGAGAGAGAUAAUGCCCGAGUGGGUGCUCACCUGGACAGGUGUGUGAUUGCAGGAUUGUGCCUCCUCACGCUCGGAGGUGUGGUACUGUCAACCCUGUUGAUGAUCUCCAUGUAUAAAGGGGAGAUGAUCAGGAGACAAGCAUUUGCUUACUCCAAGCACCAAGCCAGACUUUACGGCUCUAUAAAUUUCAGAAGUGGCACCAGCCCAACCAACGCUCCUUCGCUUUUGUCUCUUGAUGACGAUGAAGGUCUUGUUGAAGUCUUGAGUUGAAUCCAACUUUUGCCAGUUCUUAUAACAUUAUAA